UCUGGUGAAUUGUUUGCAAGCAUUAUUUUUCUGUAAUCGACGUGCGAUUUCAUAACAUUUUGCCCCUUUCCUGUUUAAUCCUUAUGAUUUCGAGUGGCAUGAGAUUGUUGGUGAUUGGAGAGGUUGGAAUGAAUGGUUACGCAAGGAAGGUGGAAUGAAUGUACAUCCAAAAAGAAGUUGGGAAGCAUGGUGGGAAAAGGAACAGGAGCAUCUUCGUCAUUCUGGAAAGUGUGUUAUCAUUGCUGAGAUUAUAUUGGCACUGCGAUUUUUGAUAUGUCAGUGUGGUCUUUUUGAUCACUUGAUCAUCGUGAAGCAUGCCAACAGUGUCCUGAUUGUUUCUAAUUGUCAACAAAGGGGCAAGGCUGAAUUGUUGAUUUUCAUCCAUCUAAUUGUGGGAUUUUUGCUUCUGGUGGUUACAUUUAUUACACCCACCUACGUGUCACUGCAGGACAUUAUGGCUUGUAUUCUUGCGUCAUUACAAAUGGGCUGGGGAAUGAUUUUGAUCGCACAAGCUUGUGAACCUCUCAUCUUCAAGCUUGGAAUUUGGGGAGCAGUUAAGACCUUGGCCCAUGGUUACGAGAUCAUUAUGGGUUUCUUUCUGUUUGCUCCAGUUGCAUUCCUGGCUUGGUUUUCAUAUGUCUCAGAAUUACAGACCCAUAUUCUCUUCAUCCCAGCAUUUAUUAGAGGUUUGCAGAUUUGGCGUAUUCUCGGCAGGCCAGUGAAAGAAACGAUUACAGUCUUCUAACAAGAAUGAGUGACGAAAGAGACACAUUUUUUUAUGUUUUGCUCAAGAACUUUCAUGUCAGAAUUCAAUUUGACAUGUUUCUCAGACCUGAUGACUCCUAUUCUUAUCGAAGGUAGAGGGGGCGCUGUUAGUAAAAAUGUUUGGGAAGAACGA